CUGCUGCUAGCCUGUAUCCAAGGAGACAAACGGACAGAGGAGACAGACAGACAGCCUGAAAACUGGGACCACACAACCAUCACCAACACCAUCUCAGCACUGAUCUGGAAGAGGGAACAGCCACAUUGUAAGGAUCUGAGCUAAUUUCUAGUGAGGAACACAGACACAUUGGAAACAUGACCCUAGCAGCGUACAGAGAGAAGUUGAAAGAGCUCCCCCUGGUGUCUCUGUUCUGCUCCUGCAUCAACCCUCAGACCAUCGACUGUAAGCCCACAUACAAAGCAGAAGAUGCGGUGGAUCUGGGCUGGUGUGUGAUAAAGGACGUAGAGGUGAUAGAGUUGAACAAGCGUGCGUCGGGCCAGGCCUUCGAGGUCAUCCUGAAGCCCCCGUCGUUCGAUGGCAUCCCAGAGCUCAACGCUACCAUGCCCCAACGCAGGGAACUCUCCAUGGAGGAGAUCCAGAAGAAACUAGAGGCUGCAGAGGAGAGGAGGAAGUGCCAGGAGGCUGAGCUGCUGAAGCACCUGGCAGAGAAGAGAGAGCACGAGAGAGAGGUCAUCCAGAAGGCCUUUGAGGAGAACAACAACUUCAUCAAGAACUCCAAGGAGAAGCUGGAGCAGAAGAUGGAGGCCAACAAGGAGAACAGAGAGGCUCUGCUGGCGGCCAUGUUGGAACGACUGCAGGAAAAGGACAAACAUGCAGAAGAGGUGAGGAAAAAGGUACUAGCUUUGGCAGAUGCGGUGGAUCUGGGCUGGUGUGUGAUAAAGGACGUAGAGGUGAUAGAGUUGAACAAGCGUGCGUCGGGCCAGGCCUUCGAGGUCAUCCUGAAGCCCCCGUCGUUCGAUGGCAUCCCAGAGCUCAACGCUACCAUGCCCCAACGCAGGGAACUCUCCAUGGAGGAGAUCCAGAAGAAACUAGAGGCUGCAGAGGAGAGGAGGAAGUGCCAGGAGGCUGAGCUGCUGCAGCACCUGGCAGAGAAGAGAGAGCACGAGAGAGAGGUCAUUCAGAAGGCCUUUGAGGACAACAACAACUUCAUCAAGAACGUCAAGGAGAAGCUGGAGCACAAAAUGGAGGCCAACAAGAAGAACAGAGAGGCUCUGCUGGCGGCCAUGUUGGAACGACUGCAGGAGAAGGAAGAACACGCAUUAGAGGUGAGGAAGAAAAAAGAACUGAAGGAGGAGGCCUGCCGUUAGACGAGCGGAAAGAUAGAGGGAGAGAGAACGGAGGAGUGGUUUUGUGUCAUUAAAAAAAAACAAGAGAUCAAGACAAUGAGGGGGAAAAAAGGAAAACCAAAAGCUGCCCCAUCAGAGCGAUGAAGACAGGAGUUGAUAUACAGCACCAGUCAAAAGUUUGGACACAACUACUCAUUAGAGGUUUUUUUCUUUUCUUUCUACAUUGUAGAAUAAUAGAAGACAUCAAAACUAUAAAAUAACACAUAUGGAAUUAUGUAGUAACCAAAAAAAGUGUUAAACAAAUCAAAAUAUAUUUGAGAUUUGAGAUUCUUCAAAGUAUCCACCCUUUGCCUUGAUGACAGCUUUGCACACUCUUGGCAUUCUCUCAACCAGCUUCAUGAGGAAUGCUUUCCCAACAGUCUUGAAGGAGUUCCCACAUAUGCUGAGCACUUGUUGGCUGCUUUUACUUCACUCUGUGGUCCAACUCAUCCCAAACCAUCUCAAUUGGGUUGAGGUUGGGUGAUUGUGGCGGCCAGGUCAUCUGAUGCAGCAUUCCAUCACUCUCUUUGGUCAAAUAGCACUUACACAGCCUGGAGGUGUGUUGGGUCAUUGUCCUGUUGAAAAACAAAUGAUUGUCCCUGUAAGCGCAAACCAGAUGGGAUGGAGUAUCGCUGCAGAAUGCUGUGGUAGCCAUGCUGGUUAAGUGUGCCUUGAAUUCUAAAUUAUUCACAGUGUCACCAGCAAAGCACCCCCACACCAUCACACCUCCUCCUCCAUACUUCACGGUGGGAACCACACAUGCAGAAAUCAUCCAAUCACCUACUCUGCGUCUCACAAAGACACGGCGGUUGGAACCAAAAAUCUCAAAUUUGAACUCAUCGGACCAAAGGACAGAUUUCCACCGGUCUAAUGUCCAUUGCUCGUGUUUCUUGGCCCAAGCAAGUCUCUUCUUCUUAUUGGUGUCCUUUAGUAGUGGUUUCUAUACAGCAAUUCAACCAUGAAGGCCUGAUUCACACAGUCUCCUCUGAACAGUUGAUGUUGAGAUGUGUCUGUUACUUGAACUCUGUGAAGCAUUUAUUUGGGCUGCAAUCUGAGGUGCAGUUAACUCUAAUGAAUUUAUAAUCUGCAGCAGAGGUAACUCUGGGUCUUCCUUUCCUGUGAUGGUCCUCAUGAGAGCCAGUUUCAUCAUAGCGCUUGAUGGUUUUUGCGACUGCACUGGAAAUCUAUUCCAGGUGACUACGUCAUGAAGCUGGUUGAGAGAAUGCCAAGAGUGUGCAAAGAUGUCAUCAAGGCAAAGGGUGGAUACUUUGAAGAAUCUCAAAUCUCAAAUAUAUUUUGAUUUGUUUAACACUUUUUGGGUUACUACAUUAUUCCAUGUGUGUUAUUCUACAAUGUAGAAAAUAGUAAAAAUAAAGAAAAACACUUGAAUGAGUAGGUGUGUCCAAACUUUCGACUGGUACUGUAUGCAUCAACGAUUUGGAACAAGCGCACAAACUAAACAGUUUCUACUGGGGGAUUUGACUACAUACAACAAAAACAUUGCGAUGAAGUGAUGAAAUACAAGCGAAAAUGAGAAGCGAAUGCGAUGCUUGUCUGGCUGGCAGAUCAAGGUGCACACGAGGGAGGAAGUGGUCUGGUAGUGUCAGGGGGAGUGAUGUAAAUUAUUAUGUUAGAAUGGGUACGGUGCCUUGGUCAACUGCAGAGCAGUUAGCGUCAAACAAGUUACGCAGGCUACAACGUAACACCCUUAGAGCCCACUUUCCCAUAGUUUACACGCCUCAUAUCUACGCUCAUACACAAUCUCUCUGUAUCUCACAUGCAAGCUCUUACACAUAAGAGUUAUUUAUACCGUGAAACAUUUCCCCGUAUGGCUUUAACAGAAUGCUGUAAACAGUUUAUGCACGUCUUCCACUCAUGCGCUAUUUUGAAUUUACCAGGGAACGCUAUAAAUGAUGAAUGAUUUGUGAAUGACAGAUAAAAGAUUGGGUUGUGUCAUUGGAAAAAGCUCUCAAGUAAACUUGAUCAACUUUAGUUCAUUAACUGAUCGAAAAUUGACUUCAUACAUAUAGCUACAGACUUAGAGCACAAAAUGGACUCUGGUUUAAUGGACAUAUGAUCAUCGCUUUCUUUUUUUAACCACGACAAAAAAAAUCACUCCGAUACAAAAGAACAUAGAGCAGAACACAUCUUGGACGCCAGGGAGGGUGAGGAACUGGUUCCGAUUGGUUCGUUGAUUGAUUGACAGGAUGGUAAACUGCUUGAGCUGUCAGACCAGCCCAUCCAAUGGGUACGCUUUGCUUUGGCAUGUCACUGUACUUACUUGUUAACUGUGAUUGUCUGUUGUUUUUUUGAUGAUAGAAUAAGAGAGAGAACGAAAGAAUGAGAGAAAAGAUUGAUGUUAGGUGGAGCCACUCUGGGUACGUCCUAAAUGAUUGGGGUUGAUGUUAGCUGGAGCCACUCUGGGUACGUCCUAAAUGAGAGGAAGAGAUUGGGGUUGAUGUUAGCUGGAGCCACUCCGGGUACGUCCUAAAUGAGAGGAAGAGAUUGGGGUUGAUGUUAGCUGGAGCCACUCUGGGUACGUCCUAAAUGAUUGGGGUUGAUGUUAGCUGGAGCCACUCUGGGUACAUCCUAAAUGAUUGGGGUUGAUGUUAGCUGGAGCCACUCUGGGUACGUCCUAAAUGAUUGGGGUUGAUGUUAGCUGGUGCCACUCUAGGUUCGUCCUAAAUGGCUCCUUAUUCCCCAAAUAGGCUUCAUUUACACAGGCAGACCAAUUCUAAUAUUUGUUUCACUUAUUUUGUCUUUUGACCAAUCACAUCAGAUCUUUUCACAUCAGAUAUUUUUCAGAUCUGAUUGGUCAAACGCAGCCAGGAAUAGGCCAUAUGGAAUAGGGUGCUAUUUAGGACGCAGCCUCUGUCUUCAUUGUGGCGUAGUGUGAAAUGUUUGCACUGUAUUGUUGGGGGAAUGUGGGGGUUUUACUUGCGGUGUGUGUAUUUGUUAUGUUCUAAUCUACUCUUUGGCAUGGUCAGUAAACGCUUCUCUUGACUGAA